ACUCCAUAGGUUACCAUGGGCUCAGUGGGGUCCUGAGCACCGGGGACGCGCGGAGGAAAAUCCCAGGGAGGGAGGAUUCGGACUGUGAAGCUGAUACCACACGUCGGAAUCCGGCGUGGGGGAAGACUUUUUGUUUGUCUGUUUCGGUCGUGGGGAGAAGUUGUGCUGGCUGGCCCGAGUCUAGGCGGCUCAAAGGCCCCCGCAGGCAGUGCCGAGGGCAGCCCCGCAGCCGGGGCCUGGUGCAGCCGCCGCCGCCGCUGCAGCCGCCGCAGCCGCUGCUGUCAGGGAAGCGGAGGCGGCCGAUGGAGUCCGCGAGCGGCUGCUGCUGCUGAGCCGGCGGCGCCGGCGGCCCGACACCGAUCCCACACCUCGUCCCCUCCGCGGGGGGUCCCCAGAGCUUGGAAGUGCUGUGUCUGGCUGUGGCCAUGGGAGACACAGCAGUGGAGCCAGCCCUGCUGAAUGCCUCUUCAGAGCCCACUCCAGGCCCACCAGGAAAUAAUGGGGGUGCCCUGCUCAGUGUCAUCACUGAAGGGGUUGGGGAGCUGGCAGUCAUUGACCCAGAGGUGGCCCAAAAGGCUUGUGAGGAGGUGUUGGAGAAAGUAAAACUUUUGCAUGGGGGUACAACUAGCUCCCCAGAGGGGCCCUCCUUUGAGCUUGUCAAUGGGGACAGCACUGAACUUCGCUGCCUGGAUGAGUCACCCAGCCGCAUCCAAGAGGAGGAUGAGGUGGGGACCUCCAGUUCAGCUAAGGGGGCGAGGAGGCGGCGGCAGAACAACUCUGCCAAGCAGUCGUGGCUGCUGAGGCUGUUUGAGUCAAAGCUAUUUGACAUCUCCAUGGCCAUCUCGUACCUGUACAACUCCAAGGAGCCCGGGGUUCAGGCUUACAUAGGCAAUCGGCUCUUCUGUUUUCGCAAUGAAGACGUUGACUUCUAUCUGCCCCAGCUGCUAAACAUGUACAUCCACAUGGAUGAAGACGUGGGGGAUGCCAUCAAGCCCUACAUUGUGCACCGCUGCCGCCAGAGCAUUAAUUUUUCCCUCCAGUGUGCCCUGCUGCUCGGGGCCUACUCUUCGGACAUGCACAUCUCCACCCAGCGACACUCCCGCGGGACCAAGCUCCGAAAGCUCAUCCUUUCAGAUGAGCUGAAACCAGCUCAUCGAAAGAGGGACCUGCCCUCCCUGAGCCCAGCUCCUGACACAGGCUCGUCCCCCUCCAAAAGGACUCACCAGCGCUCCAAAUCGGACGCCACUGCCAGCAUCAGCCUCAGCAGCAAUUUGAAACGCACAGCCAGCAACCCCAAAGUGGAGAACGAGGAGGAGCCCCUUUCCCAGGAACUCUCCUCCAGUACCGAGAGUGUUGAUAAAUCAUUCAGUUCCCCGGUCAGACUGGCUCCUGAGCGGGAAUUCAUCAAAUCUCUGAUGGCGAUUGGCAAGCGACUGGCGACGCUGCCCACCAAGGAGCAGAAGACCCAGAGGCUGAUCUCUGAGCUGUCCCUACUCAAUCACAAGCUCCCUGCCCGAGUCUGGCUGCCGACUGCUGGCUUCGACCACCACGUGGUUCGGGUACCCCACACCCAGGCAGUCGUCCUCAACUCUAAGGAUAAGGCGCCCUAUCUUAUUUACGUGGAAGUCCUUGAGUGUGAAAACUUUGACACCACCAGCGUUCCAACGAGGAUCCCCGAAAACCGGAUCCGCAGUACUCGGUCUGUGGAAAACCUUCCCGAAUGUGGCAUCACCCACGAGCAGCGGGCAGGCAGCUUCAGCACUGUCCCCAAUUACGAUAACGAUGACGAAGCCUGGUCUGUGGACGACAUAGGAGAGCUGCAGGUGGAGCUCCCCGAAGUACAUGCUAACAGCUGUGACAACAUCUCCCAGUUCUCUGUGGAUAGUAUCACCAGCCAAGAGAGCAAGGAACCCGUGUUCAUUGCGGCAGGAGAUAUCCGGCGGCGCCUCUCAGAGCAGCUAGCCCACACCCCCACUGCCUUUAAACGGGACCCAGAAGACCCAUCAGCGGUUGCCCUCAAAGAGCCCUGGCAGGAGAAAGUCAGGCGGAUCCGAGAGGGCUCCCCCUACGGCCACCUCCCCAACUGGCGGCUCCUCUCCGUCAUCGUCAAGUGUGGGGAUGACCUGCGACAGGAGCUCUUAGCCUUCCAGGUGUUGAAACAACUGCAGUCCAUUUGGGAGCAGGAACGGGUGCCCCUUUGGAUCAAGCCCUACAAGAUCCUUGUGAUUUCUGCGGACAGCGGCAUGAUAGAGCCUGUGGUCAAUGCUGUGUCCAUCCAUCAGGUGAAGAAGCAGUCGCAGCUCUCCCUGCUCGAUUACUUCUUGCAGGAGCAUGGCAGCUAUACCACCGAGGCAUUCCUCAGCGCCCAGCGCAAUUUUGUACAGAGCUGUGCUGGCUACUGUCUUGUCUGCUACCUGCUUCAGGUCAAAGACAGGCACAAUGGGAAUAUCCUUCUAGAUGCUGACGGGCACAUCAUCCACAUUGACUUCGGCUUCAUCCUGUCCAGCUCCCCUCGCAACCUGGGCUUUGAGACUUCUGCGUUUAAGCUGACCACAGAGUUUGUGGAUGUGAUGGGAGGGCUGGACGGUGAUAUGUUUAACUACUACAAGAUGCUGAUGCUGCAGGGGCUCAUCGCUGCCCGAAAACACAUGGACAAGGUGGUACAGAUUGUGGAGAUCAUGCAGCAAGGCUCCCAGCUGCCCUGCUUCCACGGCUCCAGCACCAUCCGCAACCUGAAGGAGCGCUUCCACAUGAGCAUGACUGAGGAGCAGCUGCAGCUGCUGGUGGAGCAGAUGGUGGAUGGCAGCAUGCGCUCUAUCACCACCAAGCUCUAUGACGGCUUCCAGUACCUCACCAAUGGCAUCAUGUGAUGGCCCUCCACCAGCCCAGGGAGCAGUGGGAGGGACGAUGGGAGACUCCCUGGGAGGGUCAGUGUCCACCCAAGGGAAGAAUGGCGAGAGUGCCAGCCAGGAUCAUGUGGUAACGAGGAGAGAGCUUGCCCCUGGGGUGAAAGGAGUGUGUGGGGAGAAACCCCUUUCUAUGACAGUAUUACCACCUGACAGGCUCCAGGAGUCACUGCCCCCAUGGACAUGAGUUUGGGGGAAAGGGGACUUUUCCUUGCCCUCCUCCAAUCUGUUCUGGGCCACAGGGAGAGGGAAAGGGAGAUUUUUGGAACUUGGGGACUAGCCAUACCAUUGCCCCACUGGCCUCUCCCCCACCUCCACACCCUGUCCCUGGAGGGGAGGGGUCACAGCACGCACCUGGUGUUCCCCCUACUUAAGGGGGAUCUGGUUCUGGCCCCUCCACUUCCAGUGCCCCCCAUCAUAGAAGCAGGGGAAGGCCAUCAGUCAGGCCUCCUUCCAUAUCAUGUGGGUCCAGUCCCUGUUCUGCCCCAAGCCCAGUGGGGUGGGGAUACCUGUGUCCGUUCUGACCCUACUCCCUCUGGCCUAGGGAAAAUGCUCUCCAUUUUUUAUUUUAUUUUUUUUGGUUUGAAAUAAAGUCCUUAGUUAGCCA